AUGAAAAUCUUGGGAAAGCUCAAGAAUGUGUUGCAUGCCCACCACCGACUGACCGUCGCAGUAUAUCGUCGCAGGUCACUUGUACAACAUUCGAACGAACAGGAUCUCCUCAAGUUUCUGGUCCAACUGAAGCUACUUAUGGAUUCAAGUCAUGUAACAUCAGAACAAGGAUUUCUUAUUGGUUAUGUGGAUUACAAGAGGAUGCACGUAGAUGGAAGCCGAGUUUCCUUCACGAAAUAUAUGCAUUCAACAGUUUGUGUCGACUUCCCAUGCUACUGCGAAGUUUAUUUCGCUCUUGCUUUCCAUUUUGACGACUGUCAUUGCUUUGAGUGCAACAUAUGUAGGCCUGCCAGAAGGUCUUGUGUUACUGUUAAACAUCCCCAGGGAUCUAGAAAACAAGAAGCUGAUCGCCCCACUGAAGAAAUACUCCCUCCAGCAAAACUUCUAAACAUGGGGAACCCGAGUUCGUCUAGAAUUGGAGUUUUUGAUGUAGCUGCUUCUUCAAAGACUCAACCUCUUGGACCUGAACAACUCCCACACAUGCAGCAAUGGCCUGAAACUUCUGCAUCAAAUUUUUCAUGUGAAGUGGCAGUGUCGACUCCCAUUUGGAAAUCCCCAAGCACUGGUUCGGGUAGAUGUACUGAUGGUUCAGAAACUGGAUGGAUGUCUGAACUAAAAAGUGCUACACCCAUUCGUCCUAUAGAGCUCAUUGGCGGUAGUAAAGAACCGAAGACGGUACCUAACUUGUCUAGGCCUGUUGGAAUCUGUUGUGUUACUGGUAAGCCUCGCCAGGGAUCUAAAAAACGAGAAGGCAGUCACACCACCGAAGAAAUACCCCCUCCGUCAAAACGUCUGAAAAUGGGGAAUCCAAGUUUCUCUGGAGUUGGACCUUCUGAUGCAGCUGGUUCUUCAAAGAUUCAACCUCGUGGACGUGAACGACUCCCAUGCUUGCAGCAAUGGCCUGAAGCUUCUACAUCAAAACAUGUACGUGAUGUGGCAGUGUCAACGCCCCCUCCGGGAUCCACAAGCACUGGUUCAAGUGGAAGUGAUACUAAAAAACGAGAAGGCAGUCACACCACUGAAGAAACACCCCCUCCGUCAAAACGUCUGAAAAUGGGGAAUCCAAGUUUCUCUGGAGUUGGACCUUCUGAUGCAGCUGGUUCUUCAAAGAUCCAACCUUGUGGACGUGAACGACUCCCAUGCUUGCAGCAAUGGCCUGAAGCUUCUGCAUCAAAACAUGUAUGUGAUGUGGCAGUGUCAACUCCCCCUCCGGGAUCCACAAGCACUGGUUCAAGUGGAAGUGAUAUUAAAAAACGAGAAGGCAGUCACACCACUGAAGAAAUACCUCCUCCGUCAAAACAUCUGAAAAUGGGGAAUCCAAGUUUCUCUGGAGUUGGACCUUCUGAUGUAGCUGGUUCUUCAAAGCUUCAACCUCAUGGACGUGAACGACUCCCAUGCUUGCAGCAAUGGCCUGAAGCUUCUGCAUCAAAACAUGUAUGUGAAGUGGCAGUGUCAACUACCCCUCCGGUAUCCACAAGCACUGGUUCAAGUGGAAGUGAUAUUAUAGAAGUGGGACUGAUGUCUGAAUUAAAGUGUACUCUACCCACUUGUAAAGAACAGCUGAAGACCGUACCCGAAGAAGGCACAGAUAAUGUCAAAAGGAUUAUUUCAGAUUUGAUCCAACUUUUGGACCAUCGCAGUGUGAAUGUCCUCUGUUAUGAUCACGGAGAGGAGGAGAGAGAGGUCAGCACCAUGUCUGACCAAGCAAAAGUGGAGACUAUAAGUGAUUUGAUAGCUGGAGCAGCUGAUUCAAAAAUGAGGUUGGAGGGGCCAAAGCUAGCAGGCGUGUCUUUAGUUGAUUUUUUCACCUUAGAGGAAACAAAGGAACAUUUGUUCAGUCUCAGGCAGUCUAUUGGUCAGGCCUUAGAUGGGAACACCCUGACACAUAAUGUAGCUGAGAACUCCUGCCAAUUGUGUGCAAUGAACAAGCUUGUGUACCGGACACCAACAUUUUGUUCAUCUUGCAAUAAACAUAUCAAGCAUGGUUUGAAGAUUUAUUGUGGAGUCGAUGAGAUGGGUACACGUCAUUGCUUUUGUACCUCAUGCUUCAUGGGGUCUCGGCGUGGUACUAUCUCAUUCCAGGGGAAUUCGAUUCCCAAGGCAAUGCUUCAAAUGAAGAAGAAUGACCAUGAAGAUGAAGAACCGUGGGUCCAGUGUGAUAAAUGUGGACUCUGGCAACACCAAGUAUGUGCUCUAUAUAUCCCAAAAAGGGAUUUGGGAGGAAAAGCAGUGUACUUGUGUCCAAAAUGCCACUCCGAAGGCAUAAAAAGUGGAGAGCAUGUUCCCUUACCAAAGACUGCUGCUUUUGGAGCAAAAGAUUUGCCUACUUCUUUGCUCAGUGAUUACAUUGAGCAAAGGCUCUUUAGGCGUCUCAAGCAAGACAGAGAAAAGAGGGCAAAGUCUUUACAAAAGAAAUUUGACGAGGUACCUGGAGCAGUGGAUCUUGUUGUCAGAGUGGUGUUAUCUGCCAACAAAAUUUUGAAAGUGAAUCAGCAGUUUUUAGAUAUCUGCAGUCAUGAGAAUUACCCGACAGAGUUCCCAUACACAUCAAAGGUGCUACUGCUGUUUCAAAAAAUAGAGGGUGUGGAUGUCUGCCUGUUUGCAAUGUACGUCCAGGAAUUUGGUUCAGAAUGUGGUCACCCAAAUCAACGUUGUGUAUAUAUCUCGUAUCUUGAUUCUGUGAAGUACUUUAGACCCGAGAUAAAAGCUGCAUCUGGUGAAGCUCUUCGUUCCUUUGUCUACCAUGAAAUAUUGGUAGGAUACCUUGGUUAUUGCAAGAAACGAGGUUUUGCAACCUGCUAUAUAUGGGCAUGCCCCCCUUCAAAAGGAGACGAUUAUAUUUUGUGCGGCCAUCCAGAGACACAGAAGACUCCGAAGUCUGACAAGCUGUGCCAAUGGUACAAGUCAAUGCUAGGAAAAGCAACCAAGGAAAAUAUAGUGGUGGCCUGCACUACUUUAUAUGAUCAUUUAUUCGCUCCUACUGGAGAAUGCAACGUCAAGAUAACUGCAGCUCGCAUGCCAUAUUUUGAUGGUGACUAUUGGUCAGCUGCUGCUGUAAAUAUGAGCAAGAACCUUGUACAAGAAAGUCGAGUCGGUUUACAGAACAAGGUGAAAAAAGUUCCGUCAAAGAGAACAUUUAAAGCCAUGGGGCAUAGCAAAAUUUCUGGUGAUGCAACUAGGGAUAUUCUGCUGAUGCAAGAACUGGAGCAGACCAUGUUAAAUGUGAAGCAAGACUUCCUUGUGGUCCACUUACAAUACACUUGUACGCGCUGUCGCGAAGUGAUACUAGCUGGAGUCCGAUGGUUUUGCCCGGGAUGCAAAAACUUUCAACUAUGUCCAAGAUGCUAUGAUGCGAAGCAAGAUGGCACAGAGGGGAACACACAUACAUCUAAUAGUGGGGGGAAACAUCGCCUCUCCCAGGUUGCGAAUCAAGUUCCUCCCGACACGAAGGAUGCAGAUGCAAUUCUAGAAGACAAUUACUUCAAUGAUAGGAGGUCUUUCCUGAAAUUCUGUCAGGAAAAUUAUUACGUGUUCGACACGGUUCGCCGGGCCAAGCAUUCAUCAAUGAUGAUGCUCUAUCAUCUCGUAUCAACAAAUGUAGAAAGAACUUCUGUUAAGGAAUGUAAAGUCGAUGCACAAAAUUUGGGAUCUCCUAUAAUUACGGGCAGUCAACCCUCAUUCAUCUUUGCUUGAUUUGUUUUCCUUUUUCAUAUGAAUGUAAAUAGGCAACGA